UUCAAUCAAAAGAAUUAGAACUGGAUGCAGUACUCCAAAGGUUAUUUGUCCAAGUAAUGCUAUUGCUUCUUGUCUUUGGACAUUGUUCUUUUAUUCAUGCUGCCUGGAAUUGAAUUAGUUACAUUAGCUGUGGCAGUGCCCAGCUGGCUCAUUUGGCUUCUUGACUACCCAAAUCUACUUCAUGUUUCUGCUGCUGAAAGUAGCAUAUUUGUUAUUAAAAUGUUUAAACAUACUUUUUAAAUAGUUUUCAUAAAAUGGGGUAGAUGCUUCUUUUUAGGACAAGAUGACUAAAUUUAAAAUUUGAGUCAGUAAGAAACAACUUGAAAACAUCCAGGCAUUUCCUGAACCUGAUCUCCAGUGGUUGCCACUUCUAAGAAGAACGCCUGCGUCUCUUUGGUAUUCUCGUUUCUCUACAAGGUUGUUCAGGUGUUUUCUGAAUAUUUCAAAGAGUUGGAAGAGGAGAGCAUUCGGGAUAAUUUUGUGAUAAUUUAUGAACUUUUGGAUGAACUCAUGGAUUUUGGCUAUCCACAGACCACUGACAGCAAAAUUUUACAAGAGUACAUAACACAAGAAGGCCACAAGCUGGAAACAGGCGCGCCCCGUCCUCCUGCCACAGUUACAAAUGCUGUCUCUUGGCGGUCUGAGGGGAUCAAGUACAGGAAAAACGAGGUCUUCUUGGAUGUCAUAGAAUCUGUCAAUCUCUUGGUGAGUGCCAAUGGGAACGUCCUGCGCAGUGAGAUCGUGGGGUCCAUCAAGAUGAGAGUUUUCUUGUCAGGGAUGCCUGAGCUCCGCCUUGGCUUAAAUGACAAAGUUCUCUUUGACAACACUGGCCGUGGCAAAAGCAAGUCUGUAGAACUGGAGGACGUGAAAUUCCACCAGUGUGUUCGCCUUUCCCGCUUUGAAAAUGACAGAACCAUUUCUUUUAUCCCACCUGAUGGGGAGUUUGAGCUGAUGUCUUAUCGCCUUAAUACUCAUGUGAAGCCUCUGAUCUGGAUUGAGUCAGUCAUAGAAAAGCAUUCCCACAGCCGCAUUGAGUAUAUGAUCAAGGCCAAGAGCCAGUUCAAGCGCAGAUCCACAGCCAACAAUGUGGAGAUUCACAUUCCAGUUCCAAAUGAUGCUGACUCGCCCAAGUUCAAAACUACUGUUGGGAGUGUCAAGUGGGUGCCUGAGAACAGUGCCAUCGUCUGGUCCAUCAAGUCUUUCCCGGGUGGGAAGGAAUACUUGAUGAGGGCUCAUUUUGGGCUCCCAAGUGUGGAAGCUGAAGACAAAGAGGGGAAGCCCCCCAUCAGUGUCAAGUUUGAAAUUCCAUAUUUUACCACUUCAGGAAUCCAGGUCCGCUACUUGAAGAUCAUUGAGAAGAGUGGCUAUCAGGCAUUGCCCUGGGUGCGCUACAUCACCCAGAAUGGAGAUUAUCAACUGCGGACACAGUAAUGUCCAACUACACUGCCACAACCAUGAAAGCAAGUCUUCACUUCAGAAACACAUUUGGUGCUUGGAAGUCUGGGUCUUGGCGGCUGGAGGAAGGACCAAGCUGUGUCCCAUACCCAGCUGUGCCCGGGCUGGUGCUUCCUGCAGACCUUGUGAAUGCCCCUUCCCCUUCUGUGGCCUAUUCAGUGUUGUUCAUGUUAGGAGUAGCUGUUACUCAGAAAGGAAGGCAUGAGCCAGUGUUGGUAUCCAGACCUAGCUUAUCUGAUGUCUGUGUUUUGGGAGGUUGGUCCAUGAGUGCCUCCUUCUGAAGCGUUGUGAGUAUUAGCUUGAGUAUUUGCUUCUCUUACAAGAUAAAUACUUGUUGAUGCAUCUUAAUUCUAGUAAUUUCCAGAUCAUUUCAUCUCUAGUCUAGGGACACCUUGAAAGUCAGCUUUGCUUAAGUGUUUCUGAGCUCUUUUGUAAACAGCUAACAGUCCAGUUUGGAAACUGGCAACACCCAGCUCGAGGGGGGGAGGAGGAAGUUGGUGUAUCUGGCACAUCAGGGCAGGGAACAGCAACUGGGGAUGUCGGCUCUUUUUCAUAAUGCUCAUGCAAAAAUGGGGAGAUUGCAGCUGUGGAGUUCUUGGAAGCAGCAGCUCUGCCCCCACCAGCCCCCUAAACAAGAAGAUUCCCCAUGCAUAGAAGACUGGCCUUUUCCCUGGCAGAGUGGUUUACUUGGCGUAGGGAAACCUCUGGUGAAGCAUUCCCUCCCCAAAACAGCCCUGAGGUGUGCCACAUGAUUGCUUGUGAGGGCAGAGAGGCUGUUGUCAUGACUCUAGGCAGAUUGCAAGGGUGAUUCUGGAUUCUAAGAAGGCAAGCAUCAUUCUAGAAGAGGGGCAGGAGGCAAAUGUUACUUCCUCCUCCUCGACCACCUUUCUGCUCCAUAGCCAUUGCUGCUUUGAAUCUCCUCAUUGACUGGUUGCCUUGUUUUCCUAGAACAGCAGUGACAUGUGCUGCUCAGCUUUGUCACCUGUACAGUUCACCUACCUGCCUUUCCCUAUGAAAAAUGGUGUUUCAACUUUGUGCCAUGUUUUCAAUGACUGUACUAGAUACUAGACUGUACUUAAAAUACAAGUCUGACGGGAAAGGAUUGGAGGAACCAGAUGCCCCAGACAUCCGAGGAAGGUUUGGGGGCCGAUGCUUCUGUUGCAGGCAAAGGGCAGUUGUUAAAUUCCAUGAGACUGAGGCAAUCUGUGGCAAAGCAGGGCAGGUGGGGGGUGCAGUUGUGCUCUGGAGGAGAAUGUGUGGGGUGCCUCACACUUGUACUUAAAAGAAGGUGUGUUGAGGAGACGCUUGCCACCAUCUCAAGGGUGGAGUGGCCUUUGAAGGAUGACGUUGCUUUGGAGGUGUCAUUGAGGUCAUGGCAGGUUUCUCUCCCCUACCCCAAACAUAAUCAAGCACCUAUCAUACCCGUGGAAGGCCUUUGUAGCUGUUGCAUAAGAGUCUGUUCAAAUAAAUCCAGUUUCUCUUAAUCAA